AAGGCAGUGUGUGUGUGUGCGCGUGCAUAUUUGCACAAGCCAGAUCAGUCAUGCAGACUCUUCGUAGCUUCUCUGGCCAAUUCCCGGUUUGUUCUUCUGUUUUAGCUUUUCUGUUUUCCUCCCUCUGUGAGGGUCUCUGGGGAAUGCAAAGACAAACCAAGAAUAAACCAGCCAAUCACUAGCCAAAUGUAUGUCUCCCUUGGCACAUCACGCUAAGCCACAGCAGGAAUCAGCAAGAAAACCACAAGCCACAGGAGCUCUGUCAAUCCUGUCUUCCCCGUCAAACAUCAAUUAUGUUUUCAAUGAAAGCACCUGUAACUUGAGCGUCAGAUGGGAUCCUGUCAAUUUCUCUGUGGAUUCCUGCAAGCUGAUGUAUCACACUGCUCUUUACAAUGGCAAAACGUGGACUGAAACAGGGUGGACUCCGGACCAUUUCAAGACACUGGUGGUUCCUCUGGGGAAAAAUCUGAUUUUUGGGCUCAGAACAUCUUGUAUGAAAGGCAGUAUCGAGCGCCUCAAAGGAGAAUGGUUUAAUAUCUCUCUGGCACAAAAUGGGACUGCAGAGACAGGAGCAGCUGAUCUCAGCUGCCUUUGUCAUAACACCCAGUGGAUGGCAUGCUCGUGGAAGCGUGGAAGAAAUGCCAGUCAUGGCACCAACUAUAAUCUGACCUUCAGUCACGGACGCCUGGUAGAAGGGCAGCAGUGCAGAAAUUACACCAUAGACGGAGACAUGUUCCACUGCGCUUUUCCGAUCAACUGUUCUGGAGAACGCAAGAUCGCCAUUUCUGUUCGCAGCGAUUCUCAAGACGUCCAGCCUGUGUGCAUGAUUAUAAAGGAAGGUAAAGAAAAGCCUGAUUAUCUAAUAAAGCUUGACCCACCAUCAAAUCUGAAAGUCAUACAGGGCAAUGACGUACUUUUUCUCACAUGGACUCCUCCUCUCGCGUGGCAUGGCAUAUGCUAUGAGGCAGAAAUUAAUGACAGAAUUGGCAGCCGUUACGAAGACAAUACCAACAUAACCAUCACCCUCGAGCCUAAGAAGUAUCACACCCUGAGAGUGAGGGCCGUGCUGGAUGAGGUCGGCACACACUGCUCCAAACAACGAGGGCCCUGGAGCGAAUGGAGCGAAAGAGUGCACUGGGAUGACCGAGAGAAGAAUGGAACGUUGACCAUCGCUCUGUUCGUCAUCAUUCCGUUAUGUGCUGCAGUCUUGACUGUCCUUCUCCUUGUUCAUCUGAAGAGGAUUCAGCUGUUGAUCUUUCCAGUAAUUCCUGACCCUGAAAAAGUUCUGAAACGAAUGUUUGAAGAUCAAAGAGAGGAGUAUCAGUCAGUUGGGCAUGCAUCUGAAUUCAUAAAACCUGACAGAAUGAGUAGAAACAGAACACAAGAUGAGCUAGCCAAGGAAAACCGUUCGCUUAUACUCAUGACACCUUCAGGAAAUGAGAAAAUCAGGUUGCUGUCUUGAUAUCGAAUGACUUUUGAAUGUAAACCAAACAAACCAAAUACUGCGGGAAAGGGACUGAUCUGAGAGAGAACAGAGAGCCUCUUGGAGAAGCACCUUUGCACACAUUCGCUAGGGUCUGUCCCUUGGAAGCUCCAGCAAAUGCGGACAGGAGGAGCGGAAUGACUUCUCUUCACCUGGAACUUUCACUUCCCCCUCGUCACCAAGGUUAUCCCAUCAGGAACUGAAUUUCAAGCCACGUGGUAGCUUCUGUGAAGUAGCACUGGCUCUGGAGGACUGGUGUUUAUAUAUAUGCGUGCCCCUUCAACAGCUACAGAGUUGCCCACAAUCGAACUGCCAAAGCUUGACUUCCCCUUUAGCCAUACUCAAACUUUGUGGUAGCAACUUAGCCCCACCAGGAUAAAUCCAGAAUCACUCAAGAGGAGGCAGAGUGGCAGGCAAGACUGGUUGCAUCCACAGUUGUCCCAAGGGAUGAACUUUUCCUUCCGGUUUCGUGUCGCGCUCUUGUCACAAGCGCAUGAAUGUAGAAAGUAUAGGAAGGAGUUUAUGCCUAUCUUGAUCGCCUCAGGUUUUGACGCAGUAGCACUGAUAGGAGCAUUCAGACCAUGGAAAUGAUAAAAUAGCACCACAAAUAUGAGGCUUAACAAGACCAUCGUCAGCCUGGCUACAGCCCAAAGCCUGAGCAGUUGCACAAACCAACACAUUGUGCUUAAUGACUUGAGUGUGUGUCCAAAUCUGUGUUUACAGGGGUGUUUUUGAACUGGUGAAUUUCUCUUUUCCAGCAAACUUGUAUUUUUUUUCCUUACCAACUGGGGAAAAGGCUUGAGAUUAAUUUGUAUGUUUUUCAGGUUCUAUAAAAAGUUUGUUGAACUGUA